GAAGACAAUUUUUUUUUUUUUUUUCUGGUACGAUUAUUUAUUGAUCAAAAUCGUAAAUGUCCAUGAGAGUUUACUCAAUAAACAACCAAAUUGCGUGUGUUCUCCCUUUCCGCGCACAAUAACCAUGUUGCGAUCACGAAUCGCGUCUUUUCUGAGACACGACACUCGUCUUCGUACCUUCGUCUACGCACUUACCAAUAACCUUUACACAUCGCCGCAAAUUUCUGCCGGGAAAAAUAAAUCAAAACGAAAUAAAAAUUCUCAAGUUAUUCCCGUAGCUGUAAUCCUGUGCGGAUGUGGCCGACUCGACGGUACUGAAAUUUCGGAAGCCAUUUCGGCGGCCAUAAACUUGCGCCAGAACAAUAUGAAGCCGGAAUUUUACGCGCCGGACAUUGAAUACCCUUCCGUUGAUCAUCUCGCCAAAAAACCGGAUGCCACCUGUCCGAAGAGAAAUGCUCUCGUUGAAGGCGCCAGAUUAGCGAGAACGUGCUGCAAACCUUUGUGCGAAUGCGAAGCUUGUACACACGGCGGUCUUCUCAUACCAGGAGGAUUUGGCGCCGCGCGCACUUUGAGCAAUUUUAUUGAGAAAGGUGCUCAGUGCACCGUUCUGCCCGAUUUACAGCACCUUAUCGAGGACUUUUACUGCGAGAAAAAACCAAUCGGUUCGAUGUGCAUUGCCAGCGCAAUUGUUGCCAGGGUGUUGAAAGGCGUGACGGUUACGCUUGGCAAAGAUUCACCUAAGGAACGGUGGCCACACGGCCAAUUCAUGAAAAGGAUCAAGGAAAUGGGUGCUAAGCUAGAAAUGAAAGAUGUUACCGAAAUAGCGGUGGACAAAGAUUACAAAGUUAUUAGCACGCCAGCCUGGUUAUGCGAACAAGCUACUUACGCGGAAGUUCACGAAGGUAUUGGCAACCUUGUCAAGAUGUUGAAGAAAUGUAUGAAUCACUGAUACGUCGGCUACUGUCUCUGGAAAUUAUUGAAAUGAACAACGCUCUUUGUUGUUGCCAUUUUUCACGUUUGUACUUUUUUUAUAUUUAUCUAUUUACGUGCUUUCGACAGACAAAGUCUGUUAUUUUUUUUUUUUUUGCACCAACUUGUGUAAUUAAAGUGCUUUCGCAAUUUUAUAUUGCACGUACUGUAUAUGCGCGCGAUUUUUUGUUUUAAAA